AUGGAAGAACUUGAAAUAUUCGGAAUAAUAGCAUUUGACGGUUAGUAGUUGUAAUUCUUCCAUAAUAAUGAGAAUUCGUUAAAUUUUUAAUAUAAAAGAACUUGAAAGUACAUAAAGCCAUUAAUAUUAUUCAUUUGUCAUGUAAGAUCAAGUAAUUGUUUUGCAGGUGUAAUAAGAAAUGGUUUACGAUUACAUCCUGAUGGAGAACACCUUGUGUAUCCAAUGGGCAACAAAAUUACUAUCAAACAUAUAAAAACGAGUGAACAAUUCUUUCUUACUGGCCAUAAGAAUUUUGUUUCCACUUUAUGCAUUUCACCUUCUGGUGAAUUAAUAGCUUCUGGACAAAUAAACCAUCAUGGUUUCAAGGCAAUGGUUAUAAUAUGGGAUUAUAAAAAUCGUAAAAUGAAAUACAGCUAUGAAAUGCACAAAGUUAGAGUCGAAGGCGUAUGUUUUACAGAAAAUGAACAGUAUCUUAUCAGUCUUGGAGGCAGAGAUGAUGGUCGCAUCAUAAUAUGGGAUAUUGAAAAUGGAACUCCCCUUUGUGGUGCUCUUGCUGGAAGUGAAACAUCUGGAAAUAUUAUAAUAAUCGCACCAACUAACACUUGCAAAACGAGUUUUAUCACUGGUGGGGACAGUAAUCUGAAAUUAUGGCGUAUCAGCUCGAAAGAUCGAAAGUUAUAUGGGACAGAUGUAAAAGUCGGAAAGAUUAAACGUUCGAUUAAUUGUUUAGUUAUAGAUGAAAACGAUGAAAAUGUUUACUGCGGAACAACGUCUGGCGAUAUCAUAAAAGCAAGGUUAUUAAACAUAGAAGAAUCAGAGGAACGGACUAAAUAUCCGGUAAUGAUCGGAUGUUAUUCAAAAAUACCAACGCGUAGGAGAACGCGCAUAGCAAAAACAAAUGGACCUGACGUAGAAGUGUAUGCAGGUGGUGUGAAAAAUUUGUUGCUUUUAGAAAAAGACAAAUUAAUCGUAGGUACUGGCGAUGGUACAGUCGAAUUAAUUGAAAUAACAAAAGGUGCGAGACUUGAUGUAAAUAAGAUGAACAAAUCGUUAACAAUACCUGCAAUAAUAACAUAUCGUACAGAGAAUGUAUGUGCCAUGGUAACAUCAAUGAUCCGGUAUAAAAAUAAUUUUAUAUUAGUAGCGACUGCUCUAUGCGAGAUCUAUGAAAUUGAAUUAUCAAGCUUUCAAAUGCGUUUAAUCGUCACUUGUCACACAAAUUCGAUAUACGAUUUAGCAUUCCCACGGAAUAGUUCAGAAAUAUUUGCAACGGCUAGUAAAAAUGAUAUACGAAUAUGGAAACUAGCCACUCAAAAAGAAUUGCUUCGAAUUACCGUACCUAAUUUUGCUUGUUCCAGCAUAUGUUUUGAUAGCAAUGGUGAUUCUAUAAUAUCUGCUUGGAACGAUGGUACGAUAAGAGGAUUUGCCUUGAACGGUGGAAAACUAUUAUUCGAGAUUAAUUCGGCUCAUACGAAAUGUGUGUCAACAGUUACCAUUACGAACGACAAUGAUCAAUUGAUCAGUGGUGGUUGUGAUGGACAAGUGCGAAUAUGGAACGCAAAAUCUGAAUUACGACAUUUACUGCAAGUUCUGAAAGAACAUAGGGGCCCAAUAACAUCGCUACAUGUUUCACCAGAUAAUAAGAGUUUGAUUAGUUCUAGUACAGAUGGUACAUGCAUACUAUGGAAUUUAAGAAAUUUCACGAGAAAAUUCAUGUUAAGUGGAAACACAAUGUAUAUGGCAACGUGUUUCACUCCUAGCGGUGUUCAAAUUUUAACAUGUGGUACAGAUGGCAAAAUAGCUUAUUGGGAAACAUUGGAUGGUUCGUUGGUUCGAGAAAUCGAAGGUUCAAUUACUGGAACCUUAAAUACCAUUGGUAUUAGUCACGAUGGACAACAUUUUCUCACUGGAUCAGAUGAUUCUAUAGUAAAACUAUGGGAAUAUCGUACCGCUACUACUAUUCGUUUAGGCCUCGCACAUGCAGCUGCCAUUACUCGUUGUGUCUUUGCUCCAGACGAUAAAUUUAUUGCCACAGCAAGUGCAGAUGGUUCUAUAAUGCUUUGGAAAUAUCCUUUUUUGAAAACAUCGAUCACAGAUGAUAAUAAACAACACACACAAUCAUUAUCGACAGUAUCCGUAACAAAUAUGUGUGAACCAAAUUGCAAAUAA